AUUUCAGGCAGGUCUUUCUGGUGGAGCUUGCAAGAGUAGCCAAGGGCGCUUUCCUUUCGCAGUUCCUCUGAAAGUCUCGCUCCUUUCAGACAGGCCAGUUAUGCCUUUCUCAAACAGCCACAAUCUUUCCAAGAUGAAUUACUGUGCAGAAGAUGAAUAUCCAGAUCUAAGUCUCCAUAAUAAUCACAUGGCUUCAGUGCUGACCUUGGAGUUAUAUUCAAAGCUGAGGAAUAAACAGACUUCUAGUGGAUAUACCGUGGAUGAUGCUAUUCAGACAGGGGUUGACAACCCAGGCCAUCCCUACAUUAAGACAGUAGGAUGUGUAGCUGGUGAUGAGGACUCGUAUGUCACAUUCCAUGAACUCUUUGACCCAGUUAUUGAGGAUCGACAUGGAGGCUACAAACCUACGGAUCAACACAAGACUGACUUGAAUGCUGAUAAUUUGCAGGGUGGUGAUGAUUUGGACCCCAACUAUGUUCUGAGUUCACGUGUCCGAACUGGUAGGAGCAUUCGUGGCUUCUGUCUGCCCCCCCACUGUAGCAGAGGAGAGAGACGUGCAAUUGAAAAACUUUCUGUGGAAGCUUUGGCCAGCCUGGAAGGGGACUUCAGUGGGAAGUACUAUGCUUUGAAGAAUAUGACAGACGCUGAACAGCAGCAGCUCAUUGAUGAUCACUUCCUUUUCGAUAAACCUGUUUCCCCUUUGCUCUUGGCUUCUGGAAUGGCACGUGACUGGCCUGAUGGAAGGGGUAUCUGGCAUAAUGACAGUAAAACUUUCCUUGUCUGGAUCAAUGAGGAAGAUCAUCUUAGAAUUAUUUCCAUGCAAAAAGGUGGAAAUAUGAAAGAGGUUUUCUCUCGCUUCUGUUCUGGGCUAACCCAGCUUGAAGCACUUUUCAAAUCCCAAAACUAUGAAUAUAUGUGGAAUUCUCAUCUGGGAUACAUCUUGACUUGCCCAUCCAACCUUGGCACAGGUCUCCGGGGGGGAGUUCAUGUUAAAUUGCCUAAUCUUAGCAAACAUGAGAAAUUUGGAGAUAUUCUCAAGAGGCUGAGGCUGCAGAAACGUGGUACAGGUGGUGUGGACACAGCAGCUGUGGGGGGAAUAUUUGAUAUCUCCAAUGCUGACCGUCUGGGGUUCUCUGAAGUAGAGCUGGUGCAGAUGGUGGUGGAUGGUGUAAAGCUGCUGAUUGAAAUGGAGAAACGCCUUGAAAAGGGCCAGUGCAUCACUGAUAUGAUUCCAGCUCAGAAAUGAAAAGCACUUUAAUGUUCUAGCUCCUCAUGCUUCUUCCUAACUUAUUGGAUGAAUUAUACAUACAAAA